AUGGAAUUUGAUUUCAUUAUUGAAUACAAGCAGGGAAGUGAGAACCAAGCUGCUGAUGCACUUUCAAGAGUUGAAUGUGCUACUAUUUCCACUCACCAACCCGAGUCUGGUCAACUAGAGAGAAUCAAAGCAUCUUGGCAAGGUGAUGAUGCCUUACAAAAACUGAUUGCUGAAGUUACGAAAGAUCCUUCUUCACAUAAGGAUUACUCUUGGUCAGGAGGAGAAUUAAGGAGGAAAGGGAAGCUGGUCAUUGUCCCUGAUCUGAUUUGGAAGCACAUUACCAUGGACUUCAUAGAGGGUCUUCCCAAUUCCUUUGGGAAACAAGUAAUCUUUGUUGUUGUUGAUAGGCUGAGCAAGGCUGCUCAUUUCAUAGCAUUACAGCACCCAUAUACUGUUGCUGAUGUGGCCCAAUGCUUUAUGGAUAAUAUCUUUAAGCUUCAUGGUUGCCUAGCUUCAAUAACAAGUGACAGGGACCCGAUUUUUGUCAGUCAAUUCUAG